AUGGAGGACAUUCAGAAUUCCGCGUCCAAUGCAGAUUUGUCUGCUGCUCAGCGACAGGUUCGUGUGCAGCUUACCAGCAAGCAAGAAGAUAUUGCGCUGCCAGACGGCACUGGUCCAAUUUUAGUUCCUACUGGCCUGCGAAGAUAUGCGUUAUCCACUCUGGUGAACAACCUCCUCAGUAACGACAAGCCGAUUCCAUUCGAAUUCCUAAUCAAUGGGACAUUUCUUCGGACUUCGAUUGACGAAUAUCUGACUGCCAAUGGUAUCUCUGCGGAAACAACUUUGGAGAUCGAAUAUGUGAGGGCAUUGAUUCCUCCGCUGCACAUUGCAUCUUUCCAGCAUGACGACUGGGUAAGCUCGACCGACGUACUCUCCGCCACAUCUCCCGCUGCGACAUGGGCAUCGGCGGCGAUCUCUCCGGGUCAGGAGCGUAUUCUCUCCGGCAGCUACGAUGGUUUACUGCGAGUGUGGAACAUGUCAUCCCAGGUUGUUGCGACUUCACCACCUGCGGCCGACGGAGGCCAUGCAGCAUCCAUCAAGGCUGCCAAAUUCGUUACUCCCAACCAGAUCGUAUCGGCCGGCCUCGAUCGCACAGUGCGCCUUUGGAAAUACUCCGAAAGUGAAGACGGGUUUUCGGGCACAAUAGCACCUCAUCUUGAGCUGUACGGACACAAGUCUGGUAUCAACUCGCUAGCGGUGCAUGCCCCCUCGCACCGUCUGCUUUCGGCAUCUUCUGAUCACAGCGUCGGUUUCUGGUCGACCAAGAAAUCCGACGCUCCUGCUGCGCCAGAAAACUUGCUUCCCUCGGCCGCUGCACGGAGCUCGAAACGCAGAAAGCUGAACUCCUCUGUGAGCGUUGCCCAGCGAGGACCAGUGGCCCUCCUGUCCUCGCACACUGCACCGGUGUCCGCUGCUAUCUUCGAUGCCAAGGACUCGACCGUCGGUUAUUCGACUUCAUGGGACCACUCCCUGCGUACGUGGGAUCUUGUUACUGCUACCUUGGUGGAUACGCGGACAGCAUCCCACUCGCUUCUUUCCCUUGAGCACCUUCCCGAGCUCAGCCUGCUCGCAGCUGGAACCUCGGCCCGUCACAUCACCCUCAUAGAUCCUCGUGCGUCGGCGACCACGAUUUCGGCCAUGACACUGCGCGGGCAUACGAACGCAGUCGUCUCGUUGGCUCGCGAUCCUCAUAGCACAUAUGGUCUCAUCAGUGGAAGUCACGACGGCACAUGUCGGAUCUGGGAUAUUCGGGCCACUAAGGCUGACAAGGAUGGUGUUGUUGGCGAGAGCGUGUACACCAUCUCGCGGAAGGGUCUGGAAGAACAAGGCAAGGCAGACUCGAAGCGUGUGGGUGGAGAGGGCGUCAAGGUCUUCAGCGUAUGCUGGGAUAAGACAAUUGGCAUUGUCAGUGCUGGAGAGGAUAAGAGGAUCCAAAUUAAUCGCGGGGAGGGCAUGUUGUCCGCGUGA